CAGGAAACAGUGUUUACAGUUGUUUUCAUUUUCAGUGACUGGGAGAGCUGUGGAUCAGGGGAAGGUGCUUUUCUGAAGAACACCUAGAACAGAACAGAAUUCUGACCCAGUCCAGCUCUGUACUGAGGAAGGAUGGGCAGAGGGUGCAGCAUAGCAAGUUUCUCUGGACGAGGAAUUUGUUCUGGAAAAUAAGGUUGUUUCUUUUUAGGGGAUGCUAUCUACUGCUCUCUUUUCUCACAGCCACCUUGAAAUCCUGCUUCGCCAUGGUGCGUGCCUGUGGUCUGCUCACUCACCAAGAUCAACCAGUGGCCCUGAAGGACAUCUCUGUGACGCUGUCCAUCCGUGAGUUUGUAGCUGGUGUUUCUGCAACCUUACACUAUGAGAAUGAGGAAAAGGUUGCUCUGGAGGCCUUCUUCGUUUUCCCCAUGGAUGAAGAUUCUGCUGUCUAUACCUUUGAGGCCUUGGUGGAUGGGAAGAAAAUUGUGGCAGAGUUACAGGACAAGAUGAAGGCCCACACUGACUAUGAGGUUGCCAUCUCUCAGGGCUGCCAGGCUUAUCUACUGGAAGAGGAUAAGUCCUCCAGGGAUGUCUUCUGUUGCAAUGUGGGCAACCUCCAACCAGGGUCAAAGGUGGCACUAACACUGAGGUAUGUGCAGGAGCUGCCCUUGGAAGCAGACGGGGCUCUACGCUACGUGCUCCCAGCUAUCCUGAAUCCUAGGUACCAUCUCUCUGGGCUGACUGAGGACAGUUGCCUUGAUCUGAAGACUCCUAUAGUGCCUUUGGAGAACCUGCCCUACACACUCACCAUGGUUGCCACCAUCAGUUCUCAGCAUGGAAUCAACAGGGUCCAGUCCAACUGCGCUUUGAGUCCUAUGGAGUACCUUGAAGGUGAUAAGACUUCUGCUCAGGUUUCGUUGGCUGAAGGACACAAGUUUGAUCGGGACAUGGAACUUCUUAUUUACUACAGUGCAGUGCACAGCCCCAGUGUUGCUGUGGAGAUGGCGAUGCCUGAAAGGAAACCAGAUAGUUUGAUGGGAGAUCCAGCCGUCAUGGUGAGUUUCUACCCAGAUAUUCCAGACACUGAGACAUCAAUGAUCUGUGGGGAAUUCAUCUUCCUCAUGGACCGCUCAGGAAGCAUGGACACCCCUAUGAGUAAACAGGACAGGUCUCAGCUGCGCAUAGAGGCAGCCAAGGAGACACUGAUUUUGUUGUUAAAGAGUUUGCCGCUAGACUGUUAUUUCAACAUCUAUGGAUUUGGAUCUUCCUUUGAGGCAUUCUUUCCGGAGAGUGUGAAGUACACUCAGCAAACAAUGGAGGAGGCAGUGGAGAGAGUCCAGCUCCUGAAAGCAGACCUAGGGGGCACUGAAAUCUUGACACCACUCCAGAAAAUUUUCAGGGGACCUUCCAUCCCUGGUCACCCCCUACAGCUUUUUGUCUUCACAGAUGGAGAAGUUACUGAUACAUUUAGUGUAAUUAAAGAAGUUAAAUUCAACAGCAAGAAACACAGAUGUUUCUCAUUCGGUAUUGGAGAAGGUGCUUCCACCAGCUUAAUAAAAAACAUUGCUCGAGUAUCAGGGGGCACUUCAGAGUUUAUCACAGGCAAGGACAGGAUGCAGUACAAGGCUCUUAGAACCCUGAAGCGUUCUCUACAGUCUGUGAUGGAAGACAUCUCCCUGAGCUGGGAUCUGCCUCCUGAUCUGACUGCUAACAUGCUUUCACCAGAGCAGACUGUCAUUUUUAGGGGUCAGAGGUUAAUUUUCUAUGCCCAGUUGACCGGGAUUGUGCCGCCAGAGGAAGCUACAGGAGAAGUGUGCCUCAGGUGUACACUCCAAGGCAAAAGUAUUGAGCAAAAGGUGACAUUUUCUCUACAACCCAAGUAUGACUCUAACUUCACCAUUCAUCGUCUGGCUGCAAAAUCCUUGAUUCAGACAAAAGAUAUGGGAUUCAGAGAGACAUCAGCAAGAGAAAGAAAAGAUGUACUGAACAUUAGCAUAGAAUCAGGAGUCAUGAGCUCCUUCACAGCUUUUAUUGCUAUAAACAAAGAGCUCAACCAGCCAGUUCAGGGGCCUCUGGUUCACAGGGAGAUUCCAAGGCCUGUUCUGUCCGCAAGGCCAGCAAGAGCUUCUCUUUGCUCUCCUGCACGGGUCCAUAGCUCCCACUUUGCUCCAUCUGGGUUCACUAACAGAGCAGCUUGCCUUGGCACCAUGACACACUCAAAGAAGAGUGAGCUUCUUGAUCAAGCUGUAUUGCAAAGUUCUAGCCAUGGCCAGAAGAUUAAAUGUAGGUCUCGCCUGGAGUCCAUGCAUCACAUGAAAAAGACUCAUUCUUCAACAUAUGAAACCAAUUUGCAAAGUAACUGUAAAGGAAAUGGUAUUGUGCAGUUGAUUUUCCUUCAAAAUGCAAAUGGUUCCUGGGAUCUGAAUGAAGGGCUGGCCAAGGUCUUAGGUAUGAACUUGGAAGACAUAAAGGCUGCACACCCUACCAAGUAUGUGAUGGACUCUUCGGUCUGGGCCACAGUCCUUGCUGUGGUCUGGCUGCAUACCAAUGGGAUGGACCAGGAGAGUGAAUGGGAUCUUCUGGAAAGGAAGGCCAGGGCCUGGAUUCACACCCAUGCAGGAUCUUCUACACAUAAGAUUGUGAAAACAGCUAAUGCAUUCUUGAAGUCAUCUGUGGAUCCUGCUAUCUUUACCCUCUGAGAAACCACUUAAAAAAGAAGUGCUUCUUUUUGUCUAUUGCCCACUUCCCUUACCAUCUCUUCUGCUGUAAUAUUUUCUUUUGUUUUACAUUUUUCUUAUGCAUUUCUUGCAUAAAAGUAAAGGAUGUCCAUGCCACCUGACUUUCUCUUCCAGGUACCUUUGGAUGUCAUCUUUUUUCCCCCAAUAUGUCCCUUCAAAAAAGUGAUGGUAGUUUCUAAACCUGUUCUCUUUAUUGAAGUUCAAAGCAUUCCUAUUCAAUAAUAAUACUCCUAGGUUUUCCAGAGUGAUGAUAUAAAAGCCAGGUUAUGAAGACUCCAGACUAAGGAUUUCUGAUUUGAUGUUAGGGCAUACUUGACUUAGAGAAACCUCUACAUUGCAGUUGCCUAUUUACCAUUUUGUUUUUAUAUGGUACUAGGAAUUGAGCCCAAGACAUUAGAUUUCUUAGGCAAGACAUCUACCUCUGAGCUACAUUCGCAAAGUUUCUAUUCAGUUUUGGGUAAAAUUUGAAGUUUUUCAUUCUUAGAAGGAAGAUUUGAAAGUUGAAAGCCAACAUCAAGGCCAAUAAUCAUCAAGAUCACAAAGAUAGAGACUCAAGCACUCCUUUCUGACAUUGGAACUGUUGGGAAUCUUCUUGAUUAUUUCUGUCUAAACUUUGUUAGCCUAUACCUCAUGCCUUUCUUGCCACUACCUAUGCAACAUGGAUUGAGUUAUAUUUGUGGGAGACUGAUAUUUUUCCUUACUCUUCAGUUGUCCUGUUAGAGACCCAUUAUGGUAUCCUUGGACUUAGCCUGAACCCAUGAGGACUCUACAUCAGCCUCUGAUGUAGUAUAAUAAAAGAAAUAUUAGGGAAAAUGGUGGCUAUGCCUGAGACCUGAAGUAGGAUUGCUCACCACAUGAGGAAGAAUGGAGCUCCUCCCCACAAUUGCUUCUGAUCUUUAUGUUUUAUGUGCCCUAUCCUAGGGAAAAUGACCCUACUUGAUGAAUUAUCCCUUGAAAUCACUAUUAUAUAUCACUAUUAUAUAUCAAUACUAAAAUGAUUAUUUCUAUAUUUACUUGUUUGUAUCUUGUCUUUCAUUAAUUCAGUCAUUGGACCUACAUUACUUUUAGUAUACUUUUUGUCCUAUCCCAACUAUUCUGUUGUGUCCACUCUUUACUUUGUAUCCUGUCCUCAUGUCCUUUGUUGUAGGCUGAUUUACUGUCUUAUAUGAAGCAAGCAAAGGGCACUGGUUAGAAAACUAGGUCACUUUUAGAAUCCAGAUCAUACCCUAAAUAGUUAUGUGACAAUAAGCAGAUGACUUAACCCCUUAAGAGCUUAAUAUCCAUAUUUAUAGAACUCUUAUUUUUAGCUUGAAUGUUCUAGAAUUCUGACCAGGACAUCAGUAACUUUCACUCAGUUAGCAUAUAGUCUACAUCAAACUUUCUUUUAGCUGUUGUACAAAUUGACAUUACCCGGACUUGUGUGGCUUAUAACCUUGGAGCCUAAUCUUCCUGAACUUUCUUUUGUGUUUGUUUAAGGUGAACAUGACCUGUGGAACAGAGCUGUAGCAUCACCUAGAUGCUUGUUAGAAACGCAAAAUUUCAGACAACAGCAAGAGCUAACUGUAUUGAAGUCAAUUUAAUAAUUUCCAUGUAGCUUGUAUGCAAAUUAAAGUUUGAGAAGGGUUUAGUAUUUCCAUGAAGUUGACUUGUAUCCAAGUUUGUCAUCUAAGUAGCGCUUAUGUAUGUGCUAUCAGACCAUGAAACCUGGACCUAAGAACCAUGAAACUUGUAAAAAUACUCUCUGCAUGGAAAAAUAUGACACCUUCCAAUAAUAAUACAAGAAAUUUUUUAUUUCAUACUCUGUUCACCUUCGCUUUUCUUGCCAAUUGAAAGUAUGGGCAGCAAAUAUUAUUAAUGUAAGGAGAGAGUGGAGUAGAUUACAUACUCAACAACAAGACACCGUGAAAGCUGAAUCUAAUAGCUAUUGAAUGAUAGGGCCACGGAUUUGGCUCAGUGGUUUCACCACCUGCUGCGCAAGUGCAAGGACCAGAGUUCAAUCCCUGGUACCAAAAAAAAAAAAAAAAAGCUAUUGAAUGAUUUAAAAAAAACCCUCUAAGAAUUAUUGGACUAAAGGA